AUGGAAUUAAAUGAUAAAACAAUAACACGUCAAUGGAGAAUUGCUCUUGGUCCACCACCAAUAUUUGGUCAAACAAUAAAUCAACAUAUUAAAUGGCUGAAUUAUCAAAAACAUAAAUGGAAUAUACAAUAUGAACAACGACUAAAUCAAUCAUCAAUAAUAUCUGAUAAAAUUCAAUUAAAAAUAAAACAAAAAAUUUUAAAUGAUGGUAAAAUUGAUACAUAUAUUCGUCGUGCAGCUGAACAUUUACAUACACAUCCAUGGCAAAUAAUAUCAUAUGAAUUAACUGAUCAAAUAGGUAUAUUUAAAGCUUGGUGUUUAGUUGAAAAUGAAUUAAUACAAAUUAAAAUAAAAGUUCCAAGAAUAUUUUAUGUUAAUUAUCGUACAUCAAUUGAAAAUAAUAAUAUACAAACACAACAUUAA